GAUAUACAAAGGCUUUCUUCUACAAACGUGACAAGCUUCUAGAAUACUACUCACAGGUCCUGCACCGGCGCACCCUGUGAGCCCGAUCAGUCUGCUUUUCAAUUUGCGAUUAUGACCGCCUCAUCAGAGAUGGGCCCUUUUGAGGCGCUUAUGGACUUCCUGCGGAGCGAGCGUGGGCCAAUCGCGGUGGCGUCGCUGGUUAUGGCGCUGGGCCUCAUAGUUAUGACGCGCUACCUGCUGCGCAUCGGCGGGGUAGUGUCUAAGCGUGCUAGCGCUGGCGCGGUCAGCGCCAAACCUAGCGCCCGGGCUACAGCCGCUGCUCCCUCGGCGCCCAAAGCUUCGGCAGCCACGAAGGCGGCCCCCAAAUCCGCCUCUGUACCGCACGAGGACGAGGACGACGUCAGCGGGAAGGCCACCCGCCGCUCUCGGCGAUAUGCAUGACCGGGCCGCAGGCAUGCACGCGCACGGGAUGUGAGGGGAGAAUGAAGUAUGGGACGUCUAGCAGAAGGGCUGUUGCAUACUCAGUGUGCUACCCUGUUUAAGUCGCCUCGAUGGCUCAAUGCAACAGGCGAUAAUGAGCGGAUGAGCACUUUGAGUUGGUCAUUCCAGGGCUGCAUCGGGAUCUGGUAGGGAGUGGAGACAGUGGACUCAAUGACUCAAUGUGAGGCACGCACACGGUGGUUGCCAUGGUCCACCGGACGUUGUUGUUGUUGGCGGGGCUCCGGGCACCAUUUUUUUGUUGCUGGGCGUUGUGAUGGGUGCCGCCCAUGUGCUUUGGACCGGGAGUACGGGCGUUGUCCAGCCAGUGGCUCAACCGAUGUGGCUGUCCAGAGCAGGCUUGGAAGGCAGACCACAGCCGCAGAGCUGGGGCUUGGAGUGGUUACGGCACACGGGGGUGUCUCUGAGCGUUUGCUGCGCGCUCACACUCCUUGACCUAGUCGUAUGAGGCUGGUGCUGUGUCUUGGAUUCGGAUAGAAUAGGGAUAGCCGAGGGCUCAGGCACGGUACACCUGUUUUGCAGGCAUGGCAACUAGAGGGUCGCUACGGCUGUUGCGCAUUCGUGUAACGGGAGGUAUGCAUCCAGCCAACCGGUGUUAGCCACGGCAGGCCACACGACAUGUGCAUGCGAGUAAGAGGUGUACGGCACGUGAUAUGUGGGUGUGCGUGGAUGUAGCAGUAUGACGUGUGAGCGGCUGCACAAGAACCCUGACGAACACAUGCCAAUAUGAGGAGGUCUGCGCUGCCUAUUGCGGCCGUUGCAGACAACACUGGCGACACGCACUGCGGCACUGUGAGCGUCGCAGGGGUUCUGUUGACAACCUUUCUA